AUGUCUGCAUCCGGUGCCUGGGGUCCCGCGCCUCCUGGUGUGGACCUUUCCGAAUCGCAAGACCGAGAAAUCCUGACUUCAGUUAUCACUAUUAUGGUGAUUGGAAUAACCGCUGUUAUUCUACGACUUGCCGCACGGUUGAAAUCCAGGGCCAGACUGGGGCUGGAUGACUACUGCGUUCUUGCAGCAUUGACCUUCGCCAUCGGUACCGCUAUCCUAUGCAUCAUAAGCGUCCCAUACGGAGGUGGAAAGCACCUUUGGGUGGUGACCUCGGACGAAUUCACGACGCUGUGGAAAAUGACAUACGCCUUUGUCCUCAUCUACGCCACGUGUGUGUCGUUGACCAAGGCAUCCAUCCUACUCUACUACAGACGCAUAUUCGGGGCCAACUGGGCACAUCAUAUAUGCAUGGGCCUCGUCGUCGGAUACUGGGUCUCUAUCACCAUCGCAUGGUUUUCUGGGUGCCGCCCGGUCACCUAUUUCUGGGAACAGUUCACCAAACCAACGGCCAAGGGAUACUGCAUGAACACUUCGCUCUUCUACUUUAUCAAUGGCAUAUGCGCUAUGCUGAUUGAUGUUGCCAUCUUGAUUGUGCCAAUGCCAACCCUCUACAAGUUGCAGAUGCCGCUGCGCCAAAAGAUUGCAGUCGGUGGAAUACUUUUGCUAGGUGCCUUUGUUUGUGUAGCUAGCAUCAUCCGCAUCAUUGCCAUGGACAAGCUGGUAAAGGCCGACGAUUUCACCUGGAGGAUGGCCCAAGUCUUCAUCUGGUCCUGCUGCGAGCCUUUCGUGGGCAUCGUGUGCGCCUGCCUCCCUACAUACGGCCCAUUCCUUCGAAGGUUUUGGAGAAAGAUUGGCACAUCCGACCGUUACGUUUCUGGAACGAGCAGCAAUAACCUGCACAAUACAAAUAUCGAAAGGAACAAGGCAAGGAUGCAGUGGAAACAACUACAUGGGGAUGAUGUUCAGCUCCGCGGUGACGACGAAAUGGAGCUGACGACGGACAUUCGCGGGGGCCGUCAAGCAAGUCUGCAAACAAAGGAUAGUGACGGCGAUGAAACGGCCGAUGGCAUGUGUGAUGUAUCGGAUUACCAAUGA